AUGUUAAUUACCGGUAAUGUUCCUGCCUCUAUUCAGCAAGUCAUCUCUCAGUUGAACUCCCAUUUCUCUUUAAAAGAUCUUGGGGAGGUGAGCUUAUUCUUGGGAGUUGAAGUUGUUAAAACUACUGAUAAUGGCCUUCGUCUAUCUCAGUCCAACUACAUCAAAGAUCUUUUAAAGAGAGCUAGCAUAACAGAAGCUAAAGGGUGUCCAACUCCCAUGGUUACCAACUGUGAGUUGAGCAAGUAUACUAGUGAUCCCAUUUCUGAUCCAAAGCUUUAUAGAAGUGUAGUUGGAGCACUACAAUAUACAACAAUCACUCGGCCAGAUAUUAAUUUUGCUGUUAACAAAGUCAUUCAGUAUAUGGAGAGUCCAUUAGAUACACAUUGGAGAGCUGUGAAGAGAAUCUUGAGAUAUCUAUCUGGAACUCUUGAUUAUGAGAUUCAACUUCACAUAUCAAAUGGAGACAUUUCAGCCUUCUCUGACUCAGACUGGGCAGCUGAUGUUGAUGACAGGAGAUCAACAACUGGAGUGCAUGCUUAUCAUGGAAGGAACUUGAUAUCUUGGUGCGUAAAGAAACAAACGGUUGUGGAAAGAUCCAGCACUGAAGCUGAGUAUAGAAGUUUGGCUCAAGCUGCAUCAGAAGUAGCAUGGUUGACUUCAUUGCUCAAUGAAUUGAGGAUCAAGAAAAGAGAUGCUCCAGUAAUAUGGGUAGAUAACUUGAGUGCCAUUGCUUUGGCAUCAAACCCGGUGCUCCAUGCAAGAACCAAGCAUAUAGAGUUGGAUAUGCACUUUGUCCGAGACAAGGUGCUGAACAAUGAACUGGAGUUGAGGCAUGUACCCACUAAAGAUCAAAUAGCCGAUAUCUUCACUAAGCCACUGAGUCAUCAAUCCUUUGUGAAGCUGAGGGAACGUUUGGGACUCGUUUCUCUAGCCUCCCUCGGAUUGAGGGGGCGUGUUAGAAGUGGCUGCAGAAAUGAUCAAGUUAAGAUUAGCUUGAUCAACCAAGCCGAUGACUUGAUCAAGUCAUGGGUGAUCAAGCGCGAUGACUUGAUCAAGUCAUGGGUGAUCAAGCGCGAUGACUUGAUCAAGCCGGUAAUCAAGCGCGAUGACUUGAUCAAGCGUGUUGAAGGAGAUGUCUUGAUCAACCAAGUCUUGUUGUUUGAAAAAAGUGGAGAUGUUCAUACACGAGGAAAAGCAAGCGAAAACUCCCAACAAGAUAUCUCACACGAGCCAACACCUCACGAGCUCAGCUCGUGA